UAAGCUGUGUAAAGCCUAAUAUCAAAAUGAAGUUUUUUAUAGUUUCGUGUUUUUUGGUAAUACUAGGCACUAGUUUAGCAGAACUUGAAAAACGCUCAGCUUUAAAACGAGUAGUAAGGAGUACGUUUGGACAGCUUAAUAAUGGCUUUACUGAACAGAUGAAAACAUUAAUAAUAGCCAAUUGUGUUGAAAAUGGAUUUGUAGGUAUUGAAGACGAUUUACGGCAAACAUUUGCAGACUUCGAUGUAUGUUCUGCAAAGAUGAAAUUGUACGUGGAUACUAAGGAGAACUAUCUAAAAAAUAUUGAAGAGUGCAGCGUCGAACCAACUAAGAAAAUCAAAAGUUGUCUGACAAAGAAACAAAGCUAUUUUCCCGACUAUCUUUUAAAUAUGGUAAGAAAACAGGUUGAGCUGGGUUAUGAUGAUCGUGACAUAAUAAUAACUGACUUGACUCCUUGUAUGAAGAUUUUUGAAAAUGCUGAUGUGGCUUCCAGUUACUUAACAUGUUUAUCAGAUACUGCUAAAAGAACAAAUGAUACCGCUAGAAUUCCCGACACCGUGGAAAUAAUGUGUUCGCGAGCUUUACCAGCCGUGAAGUGUAUGACUGAUAUUCUGGAUAAGGAAUGUACCCCGUAUCCAUUAGUUAAAAAAUAUAUCCAAGAUAAUCUUAAAGCGAAUGAAUAUCCAUGCCAGCAGAAAUAUGAUUAACAGUUUAAUACAUUGUAAUACUAACAAUUUCUUUUUAUUUUAAAAUUAACAUGAAGUAAAACUCCCUAGUGUAGUUGGUAUAUUUAAUAAAAAUUCUAAAAAAUUUUUUAAAAUCCAAACGGAUUACGUUCAAAACAUUUUCGGACUUAUCAGUCCAUCAUCAGUGACUCUGUCCUUGCUAAAUAGCCACAAUGCCAAACACUGGUCAAGAUGUAUAUUCUAACUACAUGGUGAAAGGACAUCGCACACAUCUUAUGGAAAAUAUAAUGUCACUCAAAUUCAAUAAAAUUUAUACGAAUAGAUUCAUUUUAAAUUAACUGUCAAUUCUUAUCAUUGCGCCAACUUUUAAUUAUGAUUAAUUACAGCGCAAAUUGCAAUUAAAGUUUAUCGAAAUCACAUUUUUGGAGUCUAUAAACGUGUCAGUUAUAAUCACUAUUGCUCUGGGUGCUAUUCAAAACAGCUUAAACCCCGCUGGGCCUAAGCGGAUUAGUGAAACUAUUAUAAUAAGAUGCUUAAGAGCUCGAGAAGAUUUAUGAACUAACUAUAAUUUGGGUAUUUUAAAAUAUUUUUUCUCUCUCUAACUUAUGUACCUACCCAUUUGAUUUCAAAUUGAUUUAUAUCAAUUUCUGCUCUUAUUAUUGAAAAUUAAGAGUUGGCGCAAUGAUAAGAAUUGAUCGUUAAAUUGAAACGAAUAUAUUCAUAUAAAUUUUAUUGAAUUUGAGUGACAUUAUAUUUUCCAUAAGAUGUGUGCGAUGUCCUUUGUUAAAUAAUUUGGCUUACAUUGGAUGCCAACGGAUUAGUACUAGGUACAUGAUGCUCUACUCCAUUAAUUGAGAGAUUUUUUUAUUAUGAAUAGGUCUACAUUGAACUACGUUUACAGACUAACGGAUUAGUAGAUACUAGGUACAUGAUGCUCUACUCCAUUAAUUAAGAGAUUGUUUUAUUAUGAAUAGGUCUACAUUGAACUACGUUUACAGA